CCAACUUUAUUCCGAAAAAUCCUAACCCAUCUUUCAUAACCUAUCAAAAUCCCUUUUGCCCUCAGUUUUUUCUUCUUUAUUCCCACUUUGCCUUCGUCGACCUACUUUCUCCAGAUUCUCAAUUCUUCACUCUCUGAAGGUCUGACCCCUCCACCCUCCCUAGAUAUCCUCUUGCUUCCAUUAGAUCUCGGCACAGCAGCCUGAGAAACACCCCAGCUGAUCAUCUAUGACGCUAGGUUCAGGAGGAUCGGGUGUCGUGGUCCCACGAAACUUCAGAUUGCUGGAGGAACUUGAACGUGGAGAGAAAGGUAUUGGGGAUGGCACUGUCAGCUAUGGAAUGGAUGACGGAGAUGACAUCUACAUGCGUUCUUGGACUGGUACCAUCAUUGGUCCCCACAAUACCGUACAUGAAGGUCGAAUCUAUCAGUUGAAGCUGUUCUGUGAUAAAGAUUACCCUGAGAAGCCACCAAGUGUUCGUUUUCAUUCACGGAUUAACAUGACUUGUGUUAACCAUGAAACUGGAGUGGUGGAACCAAAGAAGUUUGGACCUCUUGCGAACUGGCAGCGAGAGUACACCAUGGAGGAUAUACUUACACAGCUGAAAAAGGAGAUGGCAUCCCCACAUAACCGGAAGUUGGUCCAGCCUCCAGAAGGUACCUACUUCUAGCUUUCAAGACCGUAUAGAUAUCAUGGAACCAAUUGCAUAUGGAAUAUGCAAUAUAUAGUUUGUAACGUCCUUGUUGCUGAUCCUAUGUUAAGAUCAUGCAUGGGAGUGCCCCAAAAAAGUCUCUUGUUACCUCUCCGUGGCUUCAACUUUGUUUUGUUUUCUUCUUUUUUCAAACUGUGUUCAAGGGAUGCUGUUUGAUUAAUGGGAUUUUAUGUGUGUCCAAUAUUUAACAUACCCUUUUAAGUGGACUCUUCUACCCU